CCGGUGGCCCGGAGGAGGUGGAGGAGGAGGAGGAGCCGCCGCCCGCCGCGCCCGGAGCCGGGAGAGGCCGCGCCGAGCCGCGGGGACGCCGAGCAGCAGGCCCAGCCUAAGGCGCAGGCCCGGACGCCGCCUGGGGAAGAUGAAUUUACAACUGAUUUUCUGGAUUGGACUGCUCGGUUCAAUUUGCUGUGUGUUUGGCCAAACAGAUGAAAAUAGAUGUUUAAAAGCAAAUGCUAAAUCGUGUGGAGAAUGCAUCCAGGCAGGCCCCAAUUGUGGGUGGUGCACAAAUUCGACGUUUUUGCAAGAAGGAAUGCCUACUUCUGCACGAUGUGAUGACUUAGAAGCCUUGAAAAAGAAAGGCUGCCAUCCAGACGACAUAGAGAAUCCCAGAGGUUCCAGAGACAUAAAGAAAAAUAAGAAUGUCACCAACCGUAGCAAAGGCACAGCAGAGAAGCUGCAGCCGGAGGAUAUCACUCAGAUCCAGCCCCAGCAGCUGGUUCUGCAGCUGCGAUCAGGGGAGCCCCAGACGUUCACGUUGAAGUUCAAGCGUGCUGAAGACUACCCCAUCGACCUCUACUACCUCAUGGACCUCUCCUACUCCAUGAAAGAUGAUCUGGAGAACGUCAAGAGUCUCGGGACGGAUCUGAUGAAUGAGAUGAGGAGGGUGACUUCAGACUUCCGAAUUGGGUUUGGCUCCUUUGUGGAGAAAACCGUGAUGCCUUACAUUAGCACUACGCCUGCCAAGCUCAAGAACCCUUGCACGAGUGAGCAGAACUGCACCAGCCCCUUCAGCUACAAGAACGUGCUCAGCCUCACAGACAGAGGGGAGGAGUUCAACGAGCUCGUCGGGAAGCAGCGCAUUUCUGGAAAUUUGGAUUCUCCGGAAGGUGGUUUUGAUGCAAUCAUGCAGGUUGCGGUCUGUGGGUCGCUGAUCGGCUGGAGGAACGUCACUCGGCUGCUGGUGUUCUCCACGGACGCGGGGUUCCACUUUGCUGGGGACGGGAAACUUGGUGGUAUUGUCUUACCCAACGAUGGACAGUGCCACCUGGAACACAACGAGUACACCAUGAGCCACUAUUACGACUACCCUUCUAUUGCCCACCUCGUCCAGAAACUCAGUGAAAAUAACAUUCAGACUAUUUUUGCAGUUACUGAAGAAUUUCAGCCUGUUUACAAGGAACUGAAAAACUUGAUCCCUAAGUCAGCAGUGGGAACGUUGUCUGCAAACUCCAGCAAUGUCAUCCAGCUGAUCAUUGAUGCCUACAACUCCCUUUCUUCAGAAGUCAUUUUGGAAAACAGCAAAUUGCCAGAAGGAGUAACGAUAAAUUACAAAUCUUACUGCAAGAACGGGGUGAAUGGCACAGGGGAGAACGGAAGGAAGUGCUCCAAUAUCUCCAUUGGAGAUGAGGUUCACUUUGAAAUCAGCAUAACUUCAAAUCAGUGUCCAGUUAAGCAUUCUGAAACCAUUAAAAUCAAGCCUCUGGGCUUCACCGAGGAGGUGGAGGUGGUCCUUGAGUUCAUCUGCAAGUGUGAGUGCCAGGACACAGGCAUCCCAAGAAGUCCCCAGUGCCACGAUGGGAAUGGCACGUUUGAGUGUGGGGCUUGCAGGUGCAACGAGGGACGUGUAGGCAGACACUGUGAAUGCAGUACAGAUGAGGUGAACAGUGAAGACAUGGAUGCUUACUGCAGGAAAGAAAACAGUUCAGAAAUCUGCAGCAACAACGGGGAGUGCGUCUGUGGGCAGUGUGUGUGCAGGAAGAGGGACAACACAAAUGAAAUCUAUUCUGGCAAAUUCUGCGAGUGUGAUAAUUUCAACUGUGAUCGCUCCAAUGGCUUAAUUUGUGGAGGAAAUGGUGUUUGCAAGUGUCGUGUGUGUGAGUGCAAUCCUAACUACACCGGCAGUGCGUGCGACUGUUCUCUGGAUACGACGUCUUGCAUGGCCACAAACGGGCAGAUCUGUAAUGGCCGGGGUAUCUGCGAGUGUGGCGUCUGCAAGUGUACAGAUCCCAAGUUUCAAGGGCAAACCUGUGAGAUGUGCCAGACCUGCCUGGGUGUCUGUGCGGAGCACAAAGAAUGUGUCCAGUGCCGAGCCUUCAAUAAAGGAGAAAAGAAAGACAAAUGUGCACAGGAAUGCUCACAUUUCAACAUCACCAAGGUGGAAAAUCGGGACAAGCUGCCCCAGCCAGGCCAGGUGGACCCCCUGUCCCACUGUAAGGAGAAGGAUGUGGACGACUGCUGGUUCUACUUCACGUACUCGGUGAACGGGAACAACGAGGCCAUCGUGCACGUCGUGGAGACUCCAGAGUGCCCCACUGGUCCUGACAUCAUUCCAAUUGUCGCUGGUGUGGUGGCUGGCAUUGUUCUUAUUGGCCUUGCACUGCUGCUGAUUUGGAAGCUCUUGAUGAUCAUUCAUGACAGAAGGGAAUUUGCUAAAUUUGAAAAGGAGAAAAUGAAUGCCAAAUGGGACACGCAAGAAAAUCCGAUUUACAAGAGCCCUAUUAAUAAUUUCAAGAAUCCAAACUAUGGACGUAGAGCUGGUCCCUGAGUGCCGGUGAAAAUCCUAUUUAUAAGAGUGCUGUGACAACUGUGGUCAACCCCAAGUAUGAGGGAAAAUGAGCACCCUGCCGACUCAGCACUGACGGGGCUGUUUUCACAGUCACAGCCAAGGAGCUCCAUGGUCUUACGCGGUGCAGGCUUUGAAAAUGUAUAGUAUGUAUAAUUUUUAAGGAUUUUUUUUAUUUUGAAAAUAAUGUUAUAAUCCAUGCCGGGACUGACAGAGACUUGAGACAGGGUUGCUCACCUUGUCAGCCAAGGUCACGUUGUGCCUUCUGACCCUUUCUUCCUGGACUGUUGAAUCAAGCUCUCACGGGGUUGGCGAUGCUUCUCGGGUGAUUGAAAGGGCAAGAGUUAGGGUAAUGAGCAUGGUGAGAAUUUCUGUUAAUCAUGUGUUAAAAUGGAGUUUUAGCUUUACAGGUAUGUCAGCUUUCAGUUACACAGAUUCCAAAGUAAAUGUUCCACUAGCUAGUUUAGGAUUGUUUGUUACAAAUCUGUUAUUUUGCCACCUGCCUUUCAGCCGUGACUGAUGACAUAUCUGAAAGAUAAGUGUGUUGGGAGUUAGUGGUACAAAGCGGCUUUGAGAUGGUUGAUUUGCAAAGGCCAUGGGAAAGAUUCAGAGAGUUAGGAAGGAAAAACAAAUAGCUUUAAAAACCUGUGUGCCAUUUACGAGUUACUUAGUCAUGGUAACUUUAUGCCUUCUCUUUAUAAAUCAAGCCCUGGAUAAAAAUACUACAGAAUUUUCUGCUCACGCGUCCUUGAUUUAGCACUGUCUACACAAAGGCCGUAACUUACGUAGCAUUUGCUGAAUGGGGACCUUUUGCAUUGAAUUUAUUUUGUUGUUUUUAGUGCCUGGUGCUUUUUAUUGCCUCUUCUAAUCUUGCAGUGUAUGUUUCCAUUUUGGGGUAAGACUUUUCCUUUGAAGCGGUAGCUGUGAUUUGCUGUUGGUCCUGUAGCUUGUGCGGCAGUCCUCUCUCAUGCAAGCGUUACUUCAGUUAGCGCCACGGCCACGGCGACCACUGUAUUUACUUCUCACUGCUCGAGUUGCCUGUCACCUUCUUGUUUUAAGUGCCUUUUAAUUUUAACAGUUCACUUUUUACAGUGCUAUUUACUGAAGUUAUUUAUUAAAUAAAAAACCUAAAAUACUUGAA